AUGGCCCAGGUUACGGCCCCUCCACAUCUUGUGGCUCUGCUGCCCGAGGCUGCUAUGGCCACCGUGGCCGCAGGGCACACCAACACCAGUUCGGAGGUGAGCACACAGGCGCCGGCGUUCACAAUCUCCAUCAAUGCUCAUGUCCACCAUGUCAGUGUGGGGACGCCCGCGGAGAAGGAGACGGUCUUGAUUGUUGGUGACACCCGCUACGCCUGGCAGGAGUGGAGCAAGUGGCAUUGCAACUGUAUGGAAGGGAGCAUGUCCCGGGUGCGGGACAUCACCUACGCGAUGCCCGGCGUGCACCUGGACCCGGUUCAGUACGACAUCCUGCGCUUUGAGCGGGAAGUGUGCAGCUACAAAGUCUGCGACUGCAGCCGCAAGGAGCACGAGUGCGACCGGCUGGAGGUGACCUGCAAGAAGGGAGCCAUGCACAUGUGCGCCUUGAGGGACAUCAAGCUGGAUCAGGACCUCAAGAGGCGGCACUUCUGGGCCCGCGUCCACGAGGGGCUCAAUAAGCUCUGGCAGCACAUCAAGGACACCUUCCCAAUGGAGGAGGUGGGGAAGAGAGGUGGCUAA